GCGGGCAGCGGGCGGUGGGCAGCGCUGUGCCCGGUGUCCCCGCUGUCCCCGGCGUCCCCGGCGUCCCCCAGGAUGGAGGCCAUCAAGAAGAAGAUGCAGAUGCUGAAGCUGGACAAGGAGAACGCGCUGGACCGCGCGGAGCAGGCGGAGGCCGAGCAGAAGCAGGCGGAGGAGCGGAGCAAGCAGCUGGAGGACGAGCUGGCCGCCAUGCAGAAGAAGCUGAAGGGGACGGAGGACGAGCUGGACAAGUACUCGGAGGCGCUGAAGGACGCGCAGGAGAAGCUGGAGCUGGCGGAGAAGAAAGCGGCCGACGCCGAGGCUGAAGUGGCGUCUUUGAACCGUCGGAUCCAGCUGGUGGAGGAGGAGUUAGACCGAGCCCAGGAGCGGCUGGCAACAGCCCUGCAGAAGCUGGAAGAGGCGGAGAAAGCUGCAGAUGAAAGCGAAAGAGGCAUGAAAGUGAUUGAAAACAGAGCUCUGAAGGAUGAGGAGAAGAUGGAGCUGCAGGAGAUCCAGCUCAAGGAAGCCAAACACAUCGCGGAGGAGGCGGAUCGGAAGUACGAGGAGGUUGCUCGGAAGCUGGUGAUCAUAGAAGGCGAUCUGGAGCGGACCGAGGAGCGAGCCGAGCUCGCAGAGUCUCGUUGCCGGGAGCUGCAGGAGCAGAUCAGAGUGAUGGACCAGAACUUGAAGUGUCUGUCUGUUGCCGAAGAAAAGUACUCUCAAAAAGAGGAUAAAUACGAAGAGGAGAUCAAGAUCCUGACUGAUAAACUCAAAGAGGCGGAGACCCGCGCCGAAUUCGCCGAACGCUCCGUAGCCAAGCUGGAGAAGACCAUCGAUGAUUUGGAAGAUGAGCUCUAUGCCCAGAAACUGAAGUACAAAGCAAUUAGUGAGGAACUGGACCACGCCCUGAAUGACAUGACUUCCAUCGCCCGAAGAGCCCUUCGCGACCAGAGUUUUGAUGAGAUGAGACACCUCCCCUGGUUUCCUCAGCCGGCGUCCCAGCGCGUGCAGCUCAUCAGUGACAUGGGCGGGCUCACCUUUGGAGUCAAGCCCACCUAGAGCGGUAGUUGCUGGUCUGAGCUCUCCUCCCGGCUUAAGGAAACACAUAAACUGAAAUCCACCAAAGAGGAGCAUCUGUGCACGCAACGGAUGCUGGACCAGACCCUGCUCGACCUGAACGAGAUGUGAGGGAUCCCCACGAUGCCGCCGCUUGGCCUCUAACCCUGCGCCAACACCUCCCGUUGCCAACUUCACCAAAACACGUCCUUUUUGUUUGCUUUUCUUUGGUUUCUUUUUCCUAAUUCGCCUCAGGGUUAAAGGCCAUCAGGUCGGGCAAAGCUUCAAAUUAAGGGAAAUAAACAAUGCAAUAAGGUUUGGGGAGCAUGUUUGAGAUGUAUACAUUUUGUAACUACCUUGUUUUGCUCGGUGAACAUUCCAGAUGACUCUUGAGGCUGGGGAGCUCAACUUCAAAGCUCUUGGCUUUAACAAUUCGGUGUUAACCUUGUGGUAAUCAGCUCAUUUUGGGCAGGGGAAUGAGGGAGGGAUGGUUCCUGGCUUCGGGCCACUAAAUCCCAGCAUUUUGGCCAGGGAUUUAGAGCCUGCUUGCGGAAAACGUCCUUUCCAGGAGCCGUUUGCCAGAAGAGCUCCAUUUUUCAGCUUUAAGGUGACUCUGUGGUGAAAAAGCAACUUGGGCAAAGGGAGACUUGUUGUUUUUCUUAUUUUUUUUAAAGCCAAACCCGUUAUCCAAACAAUUGAACCUUCACGGGUGUUAUUUCCCUCCAACCCCACUGUUGGCCACUUAUUUGUAUCCGAAAAGCCGCGGCCCCUCUAACCCGCCGCUGCGCGGGGUUUAAUUUGCCUUCACGUGCUGGCGCUUUAUCGCUCGUCGCUGGGUCACGCUUAACGGCUUCAGCUCUCGGGAAAGCGUUAUCGUUCUUCUUUUUGCCUGUUUUUAGCCCGUUUUCGCUGACGUGACCUGGAGCCGCGUCCAGGCGCCUUCGCUUGUGCUCGGAGCAGCUUUAGGGGCCGAUCCGGGGAUAAAAUGAAACCCUAUCGAAGCGUUUUGAUACUAAAUCGAAGAGAAAAGAAAAAAUAAUUGUCUUAUUGUCUUUUGAAAUAAAAAUCCAAUCCCUCUA